AUGGUUGCCGCCGCCGCCGCCGCCGCCGCUGCCACCACCACCGGUCUUAGUAAGUGAAUUCUAGUGGACUGGACAAACUUCUUGAGAACACACCCUUUUGCCAUCUCAGACAGACUGUCAUUUUCUCCUUCUUUAGAGAGUUGAGGUGAUUUUGUUUUGCUCUUAAAGGUUAAGCGCAAGAUGGGAUACUUGAAGGUGGUGUUAGAAGGUGGGGCUCUCAUAAGUGUUUAAAUUCAACUACAUCAAGUACCAUCGUCGUGUAAAUUGGGCAAGAAAGUGUCAAGAGAACGAUGUAGACGAAUCGCCUUGAGAAAUCUGUGGGAAAACAAUUUCCGCUGAGUGGAUUAAAAGCACCUCGUGCAAAUGGGAGAAGUAUUUGCUGGAAAAAGUGGACAGUCGUUCCUUCCCUUUUUUCCACCCGACAUAGUAGCAUUUUUGCGACAGGUCAAACGAAAUUCCCCUUCUAAGCAGCUGGCAGAAUUGUCGUAAAACCGCUUCUUAUGAUAGACUAUGGGAAGGUGGAAAGACAUAAUGCUAGGAAAUGUGCACAUGCGUUUACAGUUGGUCCCCUCACCACAUCAGACAUCCGGUACUGUUGAUAUAAAAGCCUAAUUUGUGUAUCUGACUAGUUGUUCUGCUCUUGCCUAUUUGGACCGUGAUUUUUGGUCGGGAGAAUUGUUUUUCAAUCAAAUAUGUAAAUUUAUGGCAGAGAGGCACUCACCGAUCGUGUUACAACACUCAACCUUCCCUUUGUGCGGUGGCUGGCGACGGAUGCUAAACUAGAAAUGGCUAUUUCAGUCUGCCUUGUCUUUGUCGUUAGUGUUACUCGCCUAUAAUACGCGCCCCUUUGCGGCUACUGAUUGGGAUUCACUGAGAUAGAGAGAGAGAUCCCGAAGGCACAGCGGGACGAGUUAGUUCCGGCAUACGAUCGCUGAACACCCCUCUACCAAUGCAUAUUGCCGAUCGCAAACGAUAGGACAACAAGCCCGUGGGUCAGCGGCAAGAGACGUUGGACUUUUAACCAACAGGUCGCCGGGUCGAGCUCCAGGUGUUCCACAUUUCGAGGUCGAGUAUGAUUGGCUGACGACGAGUAAUAAGCCAGAAAUGGCCAUUAAAGUCUCCCUUGUCUUUAUCGGUAGUGUUACUCAGCAUAUAAAUGUAUGUCCGUGAUAAGCUAUGUAAAGGUAAGAAGAUGAAUUCAAUGCGUUCUUUUGAAGAUGGACUAGAGAAAAUCAAGGAUCUGCAGUAUCUGCCACCUUCCUAGGAACAUUUAAUGCCGUCCAGUUGUAAGCGAUACGAUAAUAGAACAGAUAUAUUUCUUGCUUAGUCAAAUUGCAAGUUGCUAUACCUUCGCAUGGUUUGUCCGAAAUAGCAGUCUUCUCUGUAACCCCUAGAAAUUAAAUCGUAAACGAAAUUCGCAACUUACAGUGGAGCCGGAAAAGCAGGUAUACCUUCGUUUACAAGCAUACUUAGUCACUUGAAAUUAAAAUUUGACCUAUUUAGGUUUCUUUAUAAACGAACCGAUGCAUUGUGUCAGGUAUUUUCAGUUGGAAAACAGCUGCAACAAGUUUAUUUUUAUGUCAGAAUUUGAAUAUAAGAGCCCCAGGUCAAGAACCUCAGAAAACCUAAAGAAGACUCAGUAAUGAAGAAAUGCAUUGACAUUUUUGAAUGAACAAGUCGAAUCGAGAUCACAAGAACCACUCAUCAAACUUAACUUUGCGUGACAUUUGCGUCUGGCCGCGUAGAAGUCUGCUGGAAGGUACCGCAUGCGGAUGGUUUACAAGAUUUAAAACGCAGAAGCCUCAUCGGUAGCGAAAGUUAAGAGGAUGCGACCUACACUAAUUCAUGCAAUGAAUGCAGUACAAAAUACUGCUGAUAAACAGGAAGGCCCACCUCUGCCUCGAUUUGCGAAUGUUUAAAAGCCCAUCCCGUCGAGAGCUGCAUUAAGAAGAAUACACCCUGUGCCUACAAUCUCGGUAACGCUUAAAAAACCUCCAUGGCGAUCUGAAAAAAGGUUCAAAUGCAAACUAAACGUCUCGAAUCAGUGGAAACGCGGUCGUCCAAGUGGGAACCGAAUGUAUACUUUUUAUCGGCCUUAGCAGCGAUCAAGGUGCAUUUGUAUAUCUUUACGGCGUCUGCGAAAUAAAAAGUUAACGACAUCUGUGUUUCUCCUGUGCAGAGUUGAAUGCAUGUUUGCCUGCCUGUCUACCGUAAGACAGAUAUCCAUGCAUACAUGCAUAUUUUGAAAUAGGUAAGAGUCUCUGGGAACAAAAUAACCUUUAUUGCGUACAAUUUUCGAAACUGGUUCCCCAGCUCAUCGACAGACCUCAGCGUUAUGUGCAAAAGCAGUUAACCAUUUAAACCGCGUCGAACAAGUGAUCCCCUAGUUGGUCGAAGUCUGCACCAAUGCGCGUCAAUGAUAUUUCGUCGUCCCCACAGUAUUGGCCGAGCUCGCUUCGAUUUGUCCUCGGGAAAUUUGUACGUGACUUUUAAAUCGAUAUGCCGACUGAUGCUUGCCUCAGCGGAGUGCAUUGCUUUAAGGAAUUCACGGCCACUCCUUAAAGGGCAGGCACCAACAAUGCGAGCGUUCACCCAUGCAAUUGGAUUUCCAGUGUCCAGCGUGUGCAUCUCCACCUGGGAUAGAUGAUCUCAUCUCUUCACCGCUAACUGAUGCUCAUGUAAGUGGAUUGAGGCAGAUUUCCCAGGCUGGCCACAAUAGACGGCAUCACAACAGGAACAUGGGAUCUUGUAGACAACACCUUUUCUAUCGAGAUAGCCAAAUCUGCCCUUAGGUGUACAAGCUGUGUACGCAAGGUGGUUGCAGGUUGGUGUGCUACUUGUAUCUAUCCUUUGUGAUGAUUUUGGUGCCUUGGUGGCCGUUUCUCGUAGUCGUGUUAUUAGUCACUUUGAAGGCCACAUCAUUUAGGUAAAAUGGCCCGGACAGGCCAUCCACGUGGACUAGUGCUGGGGUGUGUCUCGGACAAUUGAAGUGGAUUGUUCGAUGCGCAGGCUGUUUGACCGGUGGUCAGCACUCUUGGGUAGAUUUCUAUGGCAUUCCCCACCCCCAGGUUCACAGUACUCGGCAAUACAUGCGUGGCUGAUGAGCACUGUGGCCUGCGAAACGGACCGCCCUAUCGAAUGAGACCAAACGGUGUCUCCCCAGCGUGUGACAGAUAUUUAGUUGAGGCGUAUGUCCCGUUACACAGAGGCCGAGCACAUCAACAGUCAGUCUGACUCGGGCUGGAUGAGUUGGAAGGGAGAAGAUGAGAGUAAGAUUGUUCCGGCUUUAGCCUGGUAAAGUUUACCCACAAACAUACCAAAAAUACCAACUUAUGAAAUCGACAAUGAAUGGAAUAACACGGCUAAACGAGCGACUGCGGUUCGGGCUCAAAUGAAUGCCUCUCACUAUGGUCUCCGUACUGGCGUCGAAUAGCUUAGGAAAAUUCAACUAUUCAACGUCUUUAAUCUACGAAUGGUACGUGGAAUCCCUAAUUUUGUCACUACUGGUUGUUGUUGUCCGUAAUUUCGUUUAAAAGACAUCUAUGCAUCCCAAUUCACUUCUACUAUCAUAGCCGCAUAGUACGAAGUUUGCCACACAGAUAUACUCGUGUACGACGUCAUGCAGGUUUUUGCUUUGCAUUUUUCCUUUCCUUCUGUAACUUAUACCUGAUAAAGAUAGACUGAAUCUUGGUUUCCGAGUUGUAAAUAAACUCAAGGUAACAAUCGGGAGAUGGCACCCAAAACAAUCCGUUACCUGGAAUUAAUACCUUUAACAGUGGACUCAAACGCCUUCAGGCUAUAUCCGUGGUUGCAGGCCUUCUUUCACGAACUACGUGGACUUUCCGCGACGGCCUAACACGGGCUGGCCGAACGAACAUCGCAGGAGGUUACAUGGACGAUGGUCGAUGUUACCCAACCUUCCCCAUAAUUGUACACGUACACCUAAAUAUACGGCAUACAAUCGCAUUAUGGUAGUUCAUUACAAAACAAAUUACUUUUAAAUAGGAUAAGUCUGCACAACAUGGGACAGAAACAGUUUCCAGGCAUCUGUCAAAGACAUGGCAUUGAGGCCAAACCAAAGACGAUGCUGUACUUCGUCUAUGUGAGCCCACACAGCUUGACCAAAUACAGGACCUCCCUCGUGGACUUUCCUUUUCAGGCUACUCCAGUAUGCCUCAAUGGCAUUGGUGUGCCGUCCGGUUGUAGGCUCCUUGGAGUUCUUUGAGUGGUUAACAUAGAACUGUAGAUAACCUUCUGAGGGAAGACGAUUAUACACCUUCCACUCGUCCGUUACCACUAUACUGCCUUUGGCAACCCAUUUUGUAAUAACGUAACGGAGAGCGGGCCAACUUCGAUCAUACACCUAUUUAAAUAGGGAUUUCCGUCGGCUAGUAUCGUACAUCUCGACCAGCUACCACCCAUAAGACCCUUAUUACUACCUGUCCCGUAAGACAGGCUGCUUUCGUUAGGCGGAUUUUUUGGGUGCCACCUCCCGAUUGUUACCAAACUGAAUCCUUUUUCUGGGAAUAAUCCAAAACAUUGCUUUUAUACUAUUUAGAAGAAGCAGUUUCUUUACCUCGGGAGCAUGUGUAAAUGCAGUAUUUAAGUUGAUGAAACGAUAAUCUGGUACGCAUGCCUAUGCAAGACAAGUUGUGCUCCCACUUUCCUGAAUUGGUUCCUACUUACCUGUCGGUCAUUUUCUCUAAAAGAAAGUGAUACAUCUCUUCGUAUUAUUGUCGUGACGACUCCUGGUAAUCAUGAGAUAUUAUAAUAAGUCUUUUGCAGCAAGCUGGGCCGAGAGUGAAACCCUGGCUGUUGAGACUUUCAGGUCCGGCGUCGAAUCCAAAGAGAAGGUGAACACCAGCGGGGAGGGAGACCCCUCAGUCGGGGAGAAACUGCAACCGAGCUCUCUGACAACCCUACAGGUCGCACCUUUUAUGUCUGCGAUGGCAAGAGGCGCAGACAUUUCCUUCUCGAUGCUGAUGCUCACAUCAGUGUCAUCCCCCCUACACCCCGGCCGACCGACGCUGUCCCAUCCGUGAUCUUUUCGUCCAGACCGCAAAUUUUUUCCUAAUCGCAAUAUUUAGAUCCUGAUUCCUCCCCCUGAACAUCAGCGCCAGACGACUAUUCCCCUGGAUCUUCGAGAGGGCAAUGCUUUACCUCUAUCCGUGGUGCUGACUCACUGGUCGCUUUCGAUUUUCCGGUUGAUUACAGCCAACUCUGCCUUCCUGACCACAUAUUCCCCAGCUUCCAUCUAUCCGCGACCCAAACCCUGUCUGUUUCAGAAACUUUUACCACAUGCCCUAGUCUUACUAAGGCUUGCUAUUCCGGUUCUUUCUUGCCCUGUCGUAUUAUUCAUCACUUUAAAACAGCUGGUCCCCCUGUUUCCUCUCGCCGCCGACAUCGUUCGCCUACUCAUUUUGCUGCUGCCUAAGUUAAGUUUAGCCACAGUUAGUCCCUGGGCAUAUGCUUUCCAAAACCCAAGACGGAUGAUUGGCGUUCUUGCGACGUUUACAGGGCCUUUAACAACUUCACCACGCCCGACCGGUAUCCGGUUCCUCAUCUUCAGGACUUUGCCGAAGCUCUCUUUGGCGAAAUCGCUUUGUCGUUGGUCCGGGCUUUCAUCAUAUUUGAUUGCGUUCGAGGACGUUACAAAGACAGCUGUGACGGUUCCUUUUGGCUUGUUCAAAUUUCUUUGCAAAUCAUUUAAUCUCCGGAGUGUCGCACCGACAUUCCAACGUUUUGUUGAUCGUGUCUUACGUGGGUUUUCUUUGGCCUGUGCUUAUAUUGACGAUGUCAUAAUUGCCAAUCGAGAUACUGAGGAAUAUCUCCAACAUCUCACCGUGCUCUUCGGCUGUUCCUAGCCGGUCGGUGUCAUCCUGCAUCCAUGCUAAAUGCGUCCUAGGAGACACUUCUUUUUAAUUCUUUCGUCAUUAGAUUAACUCCACUGGCAUUCCUCCCCUUCCCUCGGACGUUGCUAUUAUUUGGAACUUUCAGCCAUAUACCUCCAAUCGUCGACUGCGACGUCGGUUCCUCCCGAACUGCACCGACACAAUCCUCCCGCUGAACGGCCGCCUUUCAAGUUAUCAGCGCACCUUUGACUUUCACCAGUAACAUGCACGUCAUUCGAGCAGAUUAAAGCUAUUCUGGUUGAUGUCACUCUCCCGACUCACUUUCCUGCUGACGCACCCAUAUCUCCAAUGGUUAAUUCUCCAAAUUCGCAAAGUCGAGAGAUCCGGGGUGUUGAUUCGAAGAAAAAGAUGGACUCACCGGAACGGGUCAAUGCUGAGGUUUCGAAGAGAUUGGUUGGCUCCCCAUUGUCAAGGGGCCAAGUGCAGUUAAUCUAUCAGGAAUUUCAAGUGGAAUGCCGCGUUGGUCGGCCGCAAACUGAUCACUUUUUCUCUUAUCUCGCUGCCUCGCCCUCCUGUGGGGAUGGUUGGCGGGCCUAUUCUCUUAGUGCUUCGUGAGUCAUCGCUUCGUCAGGGGGAGAUGAUUGAACUUUCGUCCGGUGGUCGGUCUGGUAGUACCUCUUCCUGGCUGAGUAGACUCGCCGUCGGCCUAUGUAUGGCCCCCGAAGAAACGGUGACUCACAAAGCACACAGAUAAAACGCCCGCCAACCAUCCCCCGAGAGGCUGAGAUAGCAAGAGAAGUGAAAAAUCGAUUAGCAUGAGGCCGACCGGCACGUCAUGCGACUUGAAAUUUCUGGUAGAUUAAGUGAACCUUAUGCUUUGAUAAUGAGGAGCUGACCAAGCUCUUAGAAACGUCAGCACUUAAAUAAACCCGUUCCGGUUAGUCCUUCUUCUUCUUCAUCUUCUUUUUUUUCUAAUGCUGUGCGUGUGAUUAUCCAGCAAUGUCUGCCAGAUUCGAAGGCGUCCUAGGCAUUCCUCUCAAGGAAAUUAUCCAACGCUGAGACCCGUUACAACACAAUUGAACGGAACUUCUUGCCACUUAUCUCGCUGUAAAGUCAUUUCGGCAUCAUCUGGAAGGCCAAGAGUACGCAAUAUUUACAGAUCACAAGUCGCAUUCUUUUUUAAAUCUAUUUCAAAUCCGACAAGCUUAACCAGGGCGAACCCAUAAACUGGACUACAGUUUAUAUCAGGCAUCCGCCAUAUCGACGAUGAGUUGGCUGAUGUGCUAUCCAGGCCAUCCGACACUCAUGUCCAGUUUUCUCCCAGGAUCGACGUCACUAAGAUGACUGCUGAGCAGCACCGUAUGAAAUCUCCUUUUGACGAGGAUGUUCCCGAACUCCAAAUUUACAACAAACCAUCGACUACUGGCAACGGAACUAUUUUCUGUGACGCCUCCACCUCAUCAAAUCGUCCCUUUGUGUCACCAUGCCUUCGCCGUAAAGUUUUCUUCUUCCUACACAAUCUAUCGUAUUCUGGGAGUCGAUCAAUCGGCAAGCUGGUGUCCGACCGCUUCACCUCUAGGGGCACGACAAGGCCUUUUUCGGCACCUCUCCCGGUCCGGUGCGUGUUUCAGCAACGUCAGCCCGGGCACUGUUGGGGCCCUGCCUCCGUCCAGUGGUUUCCCCUAAUUCUCCACCUAUGUGAACCGUUUCGCCCAGUGGCCGGAAGCUAUUCCUCUACCUGAUCUCAAGGCGUUCCUUAGCUGUUAGGCUGCCAUGUUUGAUGUUCCCUCCACCAUCGCGACAGACUGCGGUGCCCAGUUUGAGUCUAAUGUCAUUCGGUCUCUCCUCUCCUUUUAAGGCUGCAUUCGUAUCCGCACAACAACCUAUUACCUGCCUACCAACGAGAUGAUCGGGCGGUUUCAUCGUCAGCUGAGGACCUCCACAGGCACCGCAGACGAUCCGGAGAACUGGAUAUACUAUCUCCCCUGGGCCCUGUUGGACAUCCGCUCCGCUCCUAAGUCAGACACUUACUAG